CGGCGUCAUUAGCCCCGAGGCCCCGCCCAGCAGAUGCGUCGCGCAUGCGCAGAAAAGCCCCGCGCGCAGUUUCUCAGCGGUACUUCUGGGAGUUCACGUACUGGGGAGUUUCACGGGCGUGAACGAAACCGGGUCCUUCUCUAGUAAAGACGAUUUUACUGUUUGUUUAUGUAACCAUUGAGCAAAUCUUUAUCAGAGCCGCUAUGAUCCCGACGCUGAUAAUCAGUAAUAGAAGCGCUCAGAAAGAAAAGAGUUUCUGGUGGAACAGAGUGAGGAAUCUGACCAGAAAGAUGAGUCUAAAAGGUAAUUGCUGUGAAAAAGGUGAAGAGAUUAAGAGAAAAAAAACUUCAUGGACACAGGCGACAGUAUGAUGAUUACCAGAGGAUAGGAUGUUGUAGAACAAUGAUUACUAUUGGCUGUCCACAUCUGAGGAUCCCCAACCCCAGGAGGCAGAACCCACAGGUUUCCUCCUGAAGUGCCAAGAUCUUUUCCAUUCAACACCUCAGUCAUAUACAAAAAGACUGUCUUUGUAGAGUUCACGGAUCACCUUUUCAACACUGCCAAGCCCAGGCCACCAUGGAUGGGUCUGCUGGGUCCUACCAUUCGGGCUGAGGUUUCUGACACAGUGGUCAUUACACUUAAGAACAUGGCUUCUCAUGCGGUCAGUCUUCAUGCUGUUGGUGUUUCCUACUGGAAAGCAUCUGAAGGUGCUCAAUAUGAGGAUCAGACCAGCCAAAGGGAGAAGGAAGAUGAUAAAGUCAUUCCUGGUGACAGUCAUACCUAUGUCUGGGAGGUCCUGAAGGAGAAUGGCCCAAUGGCCUCUGACCCACCAUGUCUCACCUACUCCUAUUUUUCUCAUGUGGACCUGGUGAAAGACCUGAAUUCAGGUCUCAUUGGAACCCUCCUGGUUUGUAGAGAAGGGAGUCUGGCCAAAGAAAGGACACACGAAUUUGUACUGCUUUUUGCUGUAUUUGAUGAAGGAAAAAGUUGGCAUUCAGAAACACAUGAGUCCUCCACACAGGCAUCUGCUCGGCCCCGGACUGAAAUGCACACAAUCAAUGGCUAUGUAAACCGGUCUCUUCCAGGUCUGAUCGGAUGUCACAAGAAAUUGGUCUAUUGGCAUGUGAUUGGAAUGGGCACCGCCCCCGAAGUGCACUCAAUUUUCCUUGAAGGUCACACAUUUCUUGUGAGGAACCAUCGACAGGCCUCCUUGGAGAUCUCACCAAUAACUUUCCUUACUGCUCAGACACACCUGAUGGACCUUGGCCAGUUUCUACUGUUUUGCCAUAUCUCUUCACACCAACAUGAUGGUAUGGAAGCUUAUGUUAAAGUGGAUAGCUGCCCAGAGGAACCCCAACUACGGAAGAAAAAUAGCCAAGAAGAGGAAUAUGAGGAUGAUGAUACUUAUGACUCUGACAUGGAUCUUGUCAGGUUUGAUGAUGAUGACCCUUCUUCCUUUAUCCAAGCCCGCUCAGUUGCCAAGAAGCAUCCUAAAACUUGGGUCCACUAUAUUGCUGCUGAAGAGGAGGACUGGGACUAUGCUCCCUCAGUCCCCUCCCCCAAUGACAGCAGUUAUAAAAGUCUAUAUUUGAAUAAUGGUCCUCAGCGUAUUGGUAGAAAGUACAAAAAAGUCCGAUUUAUGGCAUACACAAAUGAAACAUUUAAAACUCGUGAAGCUAUUCAAUAUGAAUCAGGAAUCCUGGGACCUUUACUUUAUGGAGAAGUUGGAGAUACGCUGUUGAUUAUAUUUAAGAAUCAAGCAAGCCGACCAUAUAACAUCUUCCCUCAUGGAAUCACUGAUGUCAGGCCUUUGCAUGAAGGGAGAUGGCCAAAAGGUGUGAAACAUCUGAAAGAUAUGCCAAUUCUGCCAGGAAAUAUAUUCAAGUACAGAUGGACAGUGACUGUAGAAGAUGGGCCAACUAAAUCAGAUCCUCGGUGCCUGACGCGAUAUUAUUCAAGCUUCGUUAAUCAAGAGAGAGAUCUGGCUUCAGGGCUCAUUGGCCCUCUCCUCAUCUGCUACAAAGAAUCUGUAGAUCAAAGUGGAAACCAGAUGAUGUCAGACAAGAGAAAUGUCAUCCUGUUUUCUAUAUUUGAUGAGAACCGAAGCUGGUACCUCACAGAGAAUAUGCAGCGCUUCCUCCCCAAUGCAGAUGGAAUGCAGCCCCAGGAUCCAGACUUCCAAGUUUCCAACAUCAUGCACAGCAUCAAUGGUUAUGUUUUUGAUAGUUUGCAGCUGUCGAUUUGCUUGCAUGAGGUGGCUUACUGGUACAUUCUAAGUGUUGGAGCACAGACUGACUUCCUUUCUGUCUUUUUCUCUGGAUAUACCUUCAAACACAAAACAGUCUUCGAAGACACACUUACCCUAUUCCCGUUGUCUGGAGAAACUGUCUUCAUGUCAAUGGAAAACCCAGGUCUGUGGGUUCUGGGAUGCCACAACUCGGACUUUCGGAACAGAGGCAUGACAGCCUUACUGAGGGUUUCUAAUUGUAACAACAGAAACACUGGUGAUUAUUAUGAGGAUCAAUAUGAAGACAUUCCAACUUCCUUGCUGAAUGAAAAUUAUGUCAUUGGACCCAGAAGCUUCUCCCGGAAUUCAAGGCACCCUAGCACUAGGCAAAAUCAAUUUAGAGGCACUACAACUCUAGAAAAUGAUAUGGAGAAGCUUGAGCUUUGGUCUGGAGAGAGAACACCGCUGCAUGAAGUACAAAGUGUUUCCCCUGAUGAUUUGUUGAUGCUCGUGGGACAGAACCCUACUCCACAUGGAUUAUCCUUAUCUGAUCUCCAAGAAGCCACAUAUGAGGCUGAUGAUCAUUUACCUGGACCAAUAGAAAGAAACAAAGGCCUAUCUGAAAUGGCACAUCUCAGGCCAGAACUCCAGAACAGUAGGGACAGAGUAUUUACUCCUGAGCCAGAACUACAAUUAAGAUUAAACGAGAAUUUGGGGUCAACUAUAAAAGUAGACUCAAAGAAACUUGAUUUAACAAUUUCUAAUUUAUCAAGCAAUCUACUGACUUUACCAACAAUUCUGUCAGAAGAGUUGACAGCAGGUACUGAAAAGACAGGUUCCUUAGGACCCACAAAUAUGCCAGUUCACUUUCGUAAUCAAUUAGGCACCAUUGUAUUGGACAAAAAUGCAUCUCUCCUUAUUGGGUCUGGUGAGCCUUUGGACUUAAGUAAGGGAGAUAAUGAUUCCAAGUUGUUAGAAGCAGCUUUAAUGAAUAGUCAAGAAAGUUCACUAGGAGAACAUGUAUCAUCAAUGGAGAGUGAUAGGUUAUUUAAAGAGGAAAGAGUCCAUGAACCUACUUCACUGACCAAAGAUAAUUCUUCAUUGAAAAUUAAUGUCUCUUUAGUAAAGACAAACAAGGCACCAGUUAUCUCAACAAUGAAUAGAAAGACUCACAUUGAUGGCCCAACAUUAUUAAUUGAGAAUAGUACAUCAGUCUGGCAAGAUAUUACAUUAAAAAGUAAUGAUGAGGUUCAAGAAGUGACUUCUUUGAUUCCUGAUGAAACGCUCAUGGACAAAAAUACUACAGCUUUGGGGCUAAAUUAUGUGUCAAAUAAAACUACUUCACCAAAAAGUAUGGAAAUGGUCCACCAUAAAAAAGAGGACUCUGUUCCAGUAGGUGCAGAAAAUCCAGAUACAUCCAUCUUGCCAGAUUCAGCAAAUUGGAUGAAAAAGACCCAUGACAAGAACUCCCUAAGCUCUGGACAGAGGCCUGAUCCAAAGCAAUUUAUACCUUUAGGAUCAGAAAAACCUGUGAAUGGUCAGAAUUUCUUGUCAGAGAAGAAUAAAGUGGUAGUAGAGGAGGAUGAGUUUACAAAGGACCAGGGACUCAAAGAGAUGAUUUCUCCAAACAGUAAAGGCAUAUUUUUUACUAACUUGACUAAUAGCCAAGAAAACGAUACACACAAUCAAGCAAAACUAUCCCAGGAAGAGAGAGGAAUGAAGGAAAAAUUAAUCCAAGAGAACGUAGUUUUGCCUCACGUGUAUACAGUGAAUGGCACUAAAAAGUUGCUGAAGGACCUUUUCUUAUUAAGCACUAAACAAAAUGUAGACAGUUUAAAUGAGGGCACAUAUACUCCAAUACUUCAAGGCCCCAGGUCGUUAAAUGAUUCAGCAACUAGAGCAGGGAUUCACAUGACCCAUUUCUCAAAAAUAAGGGAGGAAGCAAACUUGGAAGGCUUGGGAAAUCAAACAAAAGAAGUGACAGAGAAGUAUCCAAGUCCUAAUCCAAGUCCACAGAAUGUUAUUGCUCAGCGUGGUAAGCGGGAUUUAAAACACUUUAGACUCCCAACAGAACAAAUAAAGCUUCAAGGGGGUGUAAUUUUGAAUGAUGCCUCAACCCAGUGGUCCAAAAACAUGAAAUAUUUGGCCCAGGACACCGUCACACAGACAGAGUACCAUGAGAAGAAGAAAAGGGCCAUUACUCAGUCCCUCUUACCAGAUUUUUCUAUGAGAAGUCAUGGCAUCAAUCAAACAGAUGGGUCUGCAUUACCCAUUGUAAAGGCAUCAGCAUUUCCAUCAAUGAGACCUACAGAUGUGACCAAGAUCCCACCCCAAGACAACCCUUCUCAUCUAGCACCAACCUAUAGUUAUACCUUUAGGGAAAGGAGUUCUGGAGUCCUAGAAAGCAGUCCUUUCUUACAAGGAGACAAAAGAAAUCUCUCUUUAGCCUUCCUAAUGGAAAUGAUGAGAGGUCAAGAAAAUGUUAGCUCUCUGGGAGAAAGUGCUACAAACUCACUCAUAUACAAGAAACCUGAGGAUCCUGUUCUCUUGAAACCAGGCUUGCCUGAAGCAUCUGGCAAAGUGGAAUCACUUCCUGAAGUUCAUAUUCAUCAGGUAGACUCUUUGCCUACGAAAACUGGCAAUGGUUCUCCUGGCCACGGGGAUCUGGUAGAAGAGAUCUUCCUUCAGAAAACACAGGACGCUGUUAAAUUGAACAAACUGCUAGAUCUCUUCGCCUGGGAUAAUCAAUUUGCUACCCAGAUACCAAGAGAAGAGUGGAAAUCCCAAGAGAAGUCACAACAAAACAUAACUGUUAAGACAAAAGACACCAUUUCACCCCUAGACCCUUACGAAAACAAUCAUUCAAUAGCAGCAAUAAACGAAAGACAAGAUAAGCCCCAAAGCGAGGCCACCCGGGCAAAACAAGGCGGGACUGGAAGAUUGGGCCUUCAAAAUCCACCCGUCUUGAAACACCAUCAAAGGGAAACAACCCCUAUUCCUCUUCAGCCAGAGGAACAUGACAUUGACUAUGAUGAUACCUUCUCAACGGAAACGAAGAGAGAGGAUUUUGACAUAUAUGGUGAGGAUGAAAGUCAGGACCCUCGCAGCUUUCAAAAGAAGACACGACACUAUUUUAUUGCUGCAGUGGAGCAGCUCUGGGAUUAUGGAUUGAGCAAAUCCCCCCAUGCACCAAGAAACAGGGCUCAGUUCAAGAAGGUGGUUUUCCAGGAAUUUACUGAUGGCUCCUUUACUCAGCCCUUAUACCGUGGAGAACUGAAUGAACACUUGGGACUCCUGGGGCCAUGUAUAAGAGCAGAAGUCGAAGACAAUAUCAGGGUAACUUUCAAAAACCAGGCCUCUCGUCCCUACUCCUUCUACUCCAGCCUUAUUUCGUAUGAGGAAGAUCAGAGGCAAGGAACAGAACCUAGAAAAAAGUUUGUGGAGCCCAAUGAAACCAGAAUUUACUUUUGGAAAGUGCAACAUCAGAUGGCGCCCACUGCCGAGGAGUUUGACUGCAAAGCCUGGGCUUAUUUUUCUGAUGUUGAUCUGGAGAAGGAUAUGCAUUCGGGCUUGAUUGGACCGCUUCUGAUCUGCCGCGCCAACACUCUGAACCCUGCUCAUGGGCGACAAGUGACAGUGCGGGAAUUUGCUCUGCUUUUCACUAUUUUUGAUGAGACCAAGAGCUGGUACUUCACUGAAAACAUGGAAAGGAACUGCAGAGCUCCCUGCGAUAUCCGGAUGGAGGACCCUGCCUUUAAAGAAAAGUAUCGCUUCCAUGCGAUCAAUGGCUAUGUGAUGGAUACUCUACCUGGCUUAGUAAUGGCUCAUGAUCAAAGGAUCCGAUGGUAUCUGCUCAGCAUGGGCAGCAAUGAAAACAUCCAUUCUAUUCAUUUCAGUGGACAUGUCUUCACUGUAAGGAAAAAAAAGGAGUACAAAAUGGCAGUCUACAACCUCUAUCCAGGGGUUUUUGAGACAGUGGAAAUGCUACCAUCCAAAGUUGGAAUUUGGCGGAUAGAAUGCCUUAUUGGCGAACACCUGCAAGCUGGGAUGAGCACUCUUUUCCUGGUGUACAACAAGCAGUGUCAGGCUCCACUGGGAAUGGCUUCUGGACGCAUCAGAGAUUUUCAGAUUACAGCCUCAGGACAAUAUGGACAGUGGGCCCCAAAUCUGGCCAGACUUCAUUAUUCUGGAUCAAUCAAUGCCUGGAGCACCAAGGAUCCCUUUUCCUGGAUCAAGGUGGAUCUGUUGGCACCAAUGAUUAUUCACAGCAUCAUGACCCAGGGUGCCCGUCACAAGUUCUCCAGCCUCUACAUCUCUCAGUUUAUCAUCAUGUAUAGUAUCGAUGGGCUGAAGUGGCAGAGCUAUCGAGGGAAUUCCACUGGGACCUUAAUGGUCUUCUUUGGCAAUGUGGAUUCGUCUGGAAUAAAACACAAUAUUUUUAACCCUCCAAUUAUUGCUCGGUACAUCCGUUUGCACCCAACACACUACAGCAUCCGCAGCACUCUCCGCAUGGAGUUGCUGGGCUGUGAUUUAAACAGCUGCAGCAUUCCACUAGGAAUGGAAAAUAAAACAAUAGCAGAUGCACAGAUUACUGCCUCCUCCUACUUAAACAAUGUGUUUGCCACCUGGUCUCCUUCACAAGCCCGGCUUCACCUCCAGGGGAGGACUAAUGCCUGGAGACCCCGGGUGAAUAGUCCACAAGAGUGGCUGCAAGUGGACUUCCGGAAGACAAGGAAAGUCACAGGAAUAACCACCCAGGGUGCGAAAUCUCUCCUUACCAACAUGUAUGUGAAGGAGUUCCUCAUCUCCAGCAGCCAAGAUGGCCAUAACUGGACUCCGUGUCUUCAGAAUGGCAAAGUAAAGGUUUUUCAGGGAAAUCAAGACUCCCUCACACCUGUGGUGAAUUCGCUAGACCCACCGCUCCUGACACGCUACCUGAGAAUUCACCCCCGGAGCUGGGUGAACCACAUUGCCCUGAGGCUGGAGAUUCUGGGCUGCGAGACACAGCAGCUGUCCUGAGCAGGACAAGAAAUACAGUAUGAGCCCUGCUGGCGUGGCUCAAUGGUUGAGCGUCGACCUAUGAACCCGGAGGUCACAGUUCGAUUCCUAG